AUAUGGUCGAGGAUUUACUCCUGACAUCCAAAAUACUAUUUCCAGUGGAUUGGUUGAAAUAACAACUUUGGGAGAUUUUUGUAAAUAUGGCAAACCACAAACUCAGCCUUAUCCAAUAGCCGAGGGAGCCCAACAACGAGGUCGUGGUGGUCGUAUUCAAGAAGGUGAUAUGGUUAAGGCUACUAUUUUAGGAACAGUUUCCAAGGGCAUACAAGGUUUGGGAGCAGGAUUUGCUGCUAUUACAGAUAGCAAGACCAAAGUUCACAUGGGAGUUAAUUUUAUUCGAGCAGGUAUUGCUUUACGAAUGAUAGAAAAGAAUGGAGAAGCUCCUGCUCCUGAGGAAAUGUUGGUUGGUUUACAAGGUCUUCCUGAAUUCCCUACUUUUAGAACUGAAUAUCCAACUUGA